CGAAUAGGAACGAUAAUUCCUCAAGAUUCGGGAAGUACAUGAAUAUUGAAUUCGAUUACAAGGGCGAUCCGCUGGGGGGUGUCAUAACCAGCUAGAGCAGAGUCAUUCACCAAAGCGCGGGCGAGCGAAACUUUCACAUAUUUUACCAACUUGUCCAUUCUUCUGAUCGUCAAUUGCUUGAUGAAUUGAAGUUGACGAGCAAUCCCGACGAUUACUCCUACCUGAGCAUGAGUGGGUGUACCCAGGUCCCUGGCCUCGAUGACCAGCAGGCUUUCAACGAUACCAAGAAAGCCUUUGAUAUAAUGGGUUUCACCGGGUCAGACGUGCGGUUCAUCUUUCAAAUGGUGGCCUGCAUACUGCACAUGGGCAAUCUGAAGUUUGUGACGAGGAGCAGCAAACAUGGCGCCGACUGUUCAGCGCUGCUCAGCCAUCAGAAGGAACUUGAAAUAUUAAAAGAAUUGUUGGGUUGUGAUGAGAUGACGCUGCGACAAUCUCUAACAAAAAGAACUGUCCUCACCAAUAAUGAUAAAGUACAGACUGACCUGACAUCUGCCGAGGCUUCAUACGCCAGGGACGCUCUCUGCAAAGCUUUGUACAGUAGAUUACUUCUCUGGCUCAUAGGCCAAAUCAACGAUACUAUCAAGGUACUUUCUCCUUUUUUCGUGCCGUCUUUAUUGUCUUACGAUUAUUACUUCAUUGUACUUGUGAUGUGCCAAGUUUUUCUUCUUAAUGUAAAGGUGUCUUCAAAGCUGAAAAUGAAAUCAAUGGGAGUUCUCGACAUCUACGGGUUUGAAAUUUUUGAGCACAACAGCUUCGAGCAGUUCAUAAUAAAUUAUUGCAAUGAGAAGUUGCAACAAAUAUUCAUCGAGCUCACAUUGAAACAAGAACAGGCAGAAUACAUCAGAGAGGGCAUUGAGUGGGUGAACGUUGAUUAUUUCAACAAUUCCACCAUCUGCGAUUUGAUUGAGAAGAACAACACAGGUAUCUUGUCGAUACUUGAUGAAGAAUGCUUGCGUCCUGGUGACACGUCUGACAUGACCUUCCUCGAAAAGAUGACGUCAUUUCAAGGUCAGCAUGCACAUUUUGAAAGUAGAGCCUGCGUGAAGAGCAGGUCGGACAAGUCGCUGGCGCACGAUGCAUUUCGUCUGCUGCACUACGCAGGAAGUGUAACCUACAAAGUUGCAGGUUUCAUAGACAAGAACAGCGAUUUACUUUUCAGAGAUCUUUCGAGGCUCAUGUUUGCCAGUCCGCACCCAACGCUCAAACUCUUAUUUCCAGAAGGAGACCCAGAAAAAUUGAAUAUGAAGAGGCCUCCGACAGCUGGCUAUCAAUUCAAAAUGUCUGUUUCAGAGUUGAUGAAGAAUUUGCAAGUGAAAAGCCCCAACUACAUAAGGUGCAUCAAGCCGAAUGAUUUCAAGAAAAGUGACAAAUUAGUAGAGGAUCUUGUUAGACAUCAAGUUAGAUAUCUCGGGCUGAUGGAAAAUGUGAGAGUGCGGAGAGCGGGCUACGUGUACAGGCAGCUCUAUGAGAAGUUUCUACAUAGAUACAAGAUGUUAUGUUGUGAUACUUGGCCGCAUUGGACUGCUGGUGACGCCAAAAGUGCUGUCAGCCACUUGUUUCGACACCUAAUGAUCGAUCCGUCGGAGUUUGCCAUGGGGAUCUCAAAACUUUUCAUUAGGAAUCCGCAAACUGAAAGAACUAAUUACAGAAAAAUCAGAAAUGCAACUUUGGUCAUAUGUUCCUACGCUAGAGGGUGGAAGGCACGACAGAGACUAGAAGAAUUAAAAGUAGAAAAACGACGCAAGUUGGCAAUCGAGGUCAUUUGCAAAUGUUAUGAAGGCUGGAAGAAAUACAAAUUUUUGAUAAACUUGGCUCAACAUCUGCCAUCAAAAUCUCCCACUGACGAUUGUUGGCCUACAUGUUCAAUGAGAUUCCAUAGAAUAUCUCAAUUACUCAAGGACCUUCAUCACAAAAAUAGGUGCCACAAAUAUCGCAAAAAUUGCCCAGAAACUCGCCGCGCCAUACUUAGAGAAAAGUUAACUGCAAGCAAUUUAUUUCAGCAGAAAGAACUUUAUGCUGGGAGUGUUCCUAUUUAUUUCAUGAGUGACUACUUGAAUUUGCCUGAAAAUUCAAAAUGGCAGAAAUUCUUAUCUUCAUCAUCUUCACAUCCCACGGACGCUUGUUUGAUUUUUGCCGACAACGUUCUUAAAGUUAACAGGAAAAACGGCAAAAUGGUGCGUCACGCAUGCGUUGUAAGUACGGAAGAUCUGCUAGUGCUGGAUGGCAGGUCCAUGGCACUCAAGAAUCGCAUCCCUCUCAAGCUCUUCUACAAAAUUUCAUGCAGUCCUUACAUGGACUCGCUUGCACUUUUCCACGUUUCGCAAACAACUGAUAACAGUGGAGGACUGAAGAAAGGUGAUUUCAUACUGAGCACACCGCACGUCAUUGAGAUGGUAACAAAAAUGUACAGGACAGUUCAAGAUAAACACGUGAAACAAUUCAUUGUCUACAUAGGCGAAGAUAUCGAGUCAACGAUGCAUGGUCAGAAAACGGACGUGAUAUUUAAGAACGCUGAGCUACGAAAUAAUCAUUCUGAGAGAGAGGGCUUAGGAAAGAGUGCCAACAACGAUAUCAGAGGCAGUUGGAUCAGUCCUCCCAACUCAAAUUGUGCAAAUGUCAAGGUUAUGAGGAAGAAUAAUAAGUUGGAAGUAAUACCACUGUACUAA